GGAACGAGGAAUUUCGGAGCCGAGCACGUUUUGGAGCGGAAACUUCUUUCACGAGGCGGCGUUUUACGUUUCUUCGAUUUUCGGUACAAAAGCUGUUGAAUAUUGGCGAUUUAGAGUCAGCAAAACCUCUAUAAAAUGCCUGCAAUACAGGAUAUCUAUAGUGUAAACGUCAGUAAUCGGUACGAUAUAGGUUCCGAACCUGACGAUGAAAGCGACACGGCGGCGGAUUAUGAUCCGUUAGACACCUUGAAAACGCUGGAAGAUCAGAAAAAGAGCGCGUUAGAGGAAGCUAAAAAGAAAAAGCAGGCUUUGGCAAACAGGCCAAAAAACCAAAAAAAGCCAACGCGAUUCCAAGAGAACAAGGAUUCUAAUGUCCCACCUAAAAAAGACGCAGGGGCACCAAAAUCUGCAAAGCCAGGACGUCAAAAUGACCGUAGCGAUGGUCCCAGGCAAAAUAGCGCUCGGCGACCUCGUAAUGAAAGACAAAAUUACGGGGAAGGUGAUGAAAAUAGGAGACCACCACGAAGAAGAAAUGAUCAUCCACGGGAGAACAGAGAAAACAAUGAAAAUCAAAAAACAGAAGGCUUUGAUCAAGCUAAAGGGGAGAAGUUGAGACACCCUGGCACUGGAGAUUAUGGCCCAAGAAGAGAUCGUGCGGAAAGGUACCGCGGAGGUCGUGGUGGAAAUGGAGGUCGUGGUGGAUAUCAAGGCAGGAACUUUGGUGGAUAUCGAAAUGACGGACGUGAUGAUCGCGGAAAACGUGAAUUCGACCGACGUAGCGGAAGUGAUCGAUCAAGUGUGAAACCAAGCGAUAAGCGUGACGGCGCUGGCCCACGAAAUUGGGGAACCCCUGGAAACGAAAUCGAGGAAACUGCGGAAGUUACCGCUGUAACUGAACCAGUCGGAACAUGGCAAGAAAAUGCUGAAACUGAAGGAACUGAAUCACCAAAAAAGACUGAAGAGGAGGGAACAACCGAGGAAGGCGCAGAAGAUAAAGAACCGAAAGAAGAAGAACCAGCGGAAAUGACACUCGAUGAAUGGAAAGCCCAACAGGAACAAGGCACUCAAGCAAAACCAUCCUUUAAUAUUCGAAGACCCGGAGAAGGAGAGAGCCAAGAAAAAUGGAAAGGCAUGAAAGUGUUGCGCAAAGUCAACAAAGACGAUUCGAAACGAGAAACCAAUCCUGAUGACCAGCAUAAACGACAAACCAAACCACAAGUAAGCGUUAAUAUCCAAUUCGGAGACAACAGAAAUCAAGGGUUUGGAGGUCGAGGACGCGGAGGUAGAGGAGGAGGGCGUGGACGUGGGCGUGGCGGUCGUUUUGGAGGGGAACGAAUGCAGAGGCAAGGUCAUCAACUACUUCCUGAUGUUCAAAACGAACAAGAGUUCCCGACCUUGGGUUAAAGGUCAUCGUCAAGACCUUUCAAAUCUGUGAAUAUUAUGUGUGUGAGAAUGAACUGUUGAACAUCGUUUUAAUAUUAAACGGGGCUUCUAUUUCAAAAUAAACUUGAUCAUCGGUAAACGCAAGAACGCCGUUUAAGGACAAUUUUUUUAUGUGGUUUAUUUGUUACGUUUUAUGGCAAAAUUCAAAAUUUUACUCGAAAAAAAAUAGUGACGUCAUAGUUCAAAAAAUUGCAUGCUGAGUUUAGCUUUUUAUUCCAUUAAAUUUCAUUUGCGAAUGUUUAAUUAUAAAGUGGGAACAACAAAAGUGAUUCCUAUUGUUUUUUCUGAAAUUCACAAAGUCAAUAUCAUGUUUGCUCCUUUUGUUGUUUGGCAGAAAUGUAAAUUAAAGUAAUAAUUCAAACCUGAAUUUGUCUCUCCCAAUAUCAUUUAUUGGAUUUGAAACAUCUUGGAGUUAAAAAUUCAAUAAUUUAACUUGAAUAAUUCUGAAAUUAACCUUUCUGUGCUAGCAUAUAGAGUUGUUAAUGUGUAUGCCGGAGGACUGGCACAUGAUGCAAGUAAAACCACUGUGCAGCAUAUGGGUAAAACCUCCGAACACGAUUGUGGGCAAACCGCUGUAUGAGUUCAGCUGAAACCCCUGGUUUCAGAAUUCUAUACAAUUUGUUUGAAGGCUUUUGCUUUAUCUGUCACAUGACAAUGAGAAUUGCUUUUGUUUUCCCACUUUUUGAUAUAAUAUUUGCUCAUUUUAGUUGACUGUAGUGGAAUAAAGUAUCUCCAUUUUACGCUACCUUUGUACUUUUUCGAUGAAUAUGUUGUCUGCUUGCGUCAAAAUUUUUUUACACAUAUCAGAAAUUACAAUCCGAAAUUUUUGAAAUGAAUACUUUCCGUUUCAGUUGCUAGUUUGCGAUAUAAAAUUGAAUGACUUGCUGCACCUUGUUUGUAUGCUAAUGUGUUAGCCUCUGAAAAAAAUUAUGUAAAAUUCCUUUUCAAAUAACUUUGAAAGUGAUGGGCAAAAUGCGGCAUCUUGUGUGGCACCAUUCGGAUGCCAUAACACAUGCAACAUAAGAAGCCUCUGUAAGAAAUUGUUAAAUUUUGAUUCAAGUGUGAUGGUCAAUACUGCGUAAGACGGCAUUUUGUGUGGCAUUAUCAAAAUGAGACGCCCUUAGAGUAAAUAAACCAUGUAUGCAAAGCUUAUUGGUUUCACUAAGGAAUGUACGUAAUCAUGGCUUGUCAUAAACAGUCAUUUAUAUUUUAUUUGAAAAUGAAGCGGGUUUGUGGGUUCACUUUAUGACAGAUUUACUUUGCUUCAGAAAAAACUCAAGUUCACCAAAAUCAUGAAUAAAACAUUUGAAUAACCUUCAAAAUAAAAUAUUGAUGCCUAAAUGUCUGUCCUUGUGUGCGAAUAGGGUGAAAAGAAUUCUGUUUUCUGGUACUCAAAUAUUUUGAGGAAAAGUUAUUUGUUGGUAACUUUGCUUUUUGGUUUUGUCACCAAUGAUACAUCAUCCCUAACCCUUUUCUGUUUACGUUUUUGUUAAGAACUCAAAAUUAUCAUCAAAUAUGUUCAUUGUUUUACGUCGUUUUAAAGAAAAAUUGGCGAAAUGUUAGAUUUUCAUCUUUUAAAGUACAAACUCAAUGUAAUGUAUGGCUUCGCUUGCGUUUGCUGUGUUUUGCAUUGUUUUCUUCUGGCUGUAUCUGUUUACGAAAUAAAAGACGUUCUCAAGUGCUGAUAUAGGGGGUUCAUUGUCAAAUUAUUUCACAAAUUUUAAUAUAAAGAACUCGAUCAAACUGUUGCUCUUACCAUGCUAGUGUCUGCUUGUAUCUCCUUUUCCAAUAUUCAAUUUGCUUUUAAGCAAGGACCUUCCAUCACCAAAUUGUGGAAGUAAUAUUUAUUUUGGGAUUAAUUUCAUACUUUGGUAAGCCAUGUUUCUCAGAUAAGUCGAUUAUAAAAAUAAAAAAAUACUCUUUAGUUCCAAUAUUUUUUAAAUUAUGUGACACACAGUAUCAUUUGAGUAUUUUUUUUUUCAAAAUCCUGAACAGAGCGAUUUUUUUCAGGCAUUUGUUGAACUUUCAAUUUUGUUGUUGUUCAUUCUCAUAGGCAACAUUUUCGAUUUAUCCGAGUGCCAUAUUCAACAAUCAUUUUGGGGAAAACUUAUCAAUGACACAAAAACUAUCUCGUUCCUUAUCAAUUCAACGUUCAUUUGCUUCUCAUGCGAGUUUCUCUUACUUCUGUCUUUAUAUUAAUAACAAAAUAUUUGACAAAAAAAUGUGUUUUCUGUAGUCGUAUUGAAAUUGAAUACAGGUAUCAUGGACUGGUAUUAGAAUUGUGAACUGUCAUUCAAAAAUGUCCAGUUGGCUCGGAAGUGCUGAAAUUUUCAAAAACACGGUAAAGCUUCUCAUUGACUUGAAUCCCGAAACAGCUUAAUUUUAUAAGCUCACAAAUAACAUAAAAGCCUGACAUAGUCAAUCAAAAAAUUUGUAUCUUUCACACAGCUGACUAAUAUAAAUAGUGCAGUUUGAGUUUCGCUUUUCGCUGGAGAUUUUCAAGUAUUUGUGUUAUAUGGGUAGUGACUUAAAUGUCCAAAAUUUUAGAUUUAUCCUCGAAUGGCAAUCCAAAACAAUAUGAAGUUCCUGUGUGUUAGGUCAACUUCUGGUAAGAUGUCAUGUACUGUAAUUAUGAUUUAUAAAGCGUGUCAGAAAAUUAGUCUAUAAAUCCAAAAUGAAUGGCUUGUGUCAUGCAAAAUUGGUCAACUGACUACUGAUUGGCUUCUUUACAUAAUAAUACAUUCAAUUCUGCGAUAGUAAAUUUUUUGCUAGGACUUGUAUUGACAUAAACUUAUAUAAAAAGAUACCUAUUGGGAGUGAGAUCAAGUAUGUAUGUUUAAUUUUCACUUUUUUAUGUGUGUAAACAUUUGCAUGGUGAUUUGGGAACUGUAUUAAGAUUGGAAAUAUCAAUCAAUAGGUCCUCUCUCAUUUCUAUUGGGAGGACUAAAGAUUGAAUUAAUUUUACCAAAUCCAAAGACUUGGCUUCAAUUUGGUGGUGGACAUGAAAGCCAGAAUGGAGCUCAGGUAUUCAAAGUUCGAUAGUUUAUUGAAAUUCCCUCCUUUGAGGAUGAUUUAAAUGGAGCAUGACCAUAUAUUGUUU